AUGGGGUAUCUAUUUUCAGCCUUCCACGCUUCAAGAGAUGAAAUUGUGAAGAGGUUUCAGAGAAAGGAGUUAGUCAAGCCAUUUUUGGACUAUAUAGAUGCACGCUGCGAGAGAUAUAGUUUCACUACUUCUGGGGUUCUUGAUGUCAUUGAGAAAUAUGCCGGCAAAGAUUUUGCUCUUUGGAGUUCUUUGACAAGAGAGUUGAGAAUUUUUAGAAGGGGAGAAGGUGACUUUGGGCGUCCAACUGCUAAAAAUGAUCGACAACACAUGCUUGCUGCAGCAUUUAAUUCCCUUUUUCAUAUAGAUGAGUGGUGGGAAACUUAUGACCGCAGUGCACCAAACUUACAGAAGCUAGCUUUGCGUGUAUUGAGCCAAACUUGUAGUGCUUCUGGAUGUGAGAUAAGCUGGAGCAUGUUUGAGCAUGUGCACUCCAAAAAGAGGAACAGACUUGAGCAUCAAAGGUUAAAUGAUAUUGUGUUUGUUCAUUGCAACUUGAGAUUGCGUCAAAGGUCCAAAACCUCUACUAGAAACUAUGACCCAAUCAGUUUGGAUGAAAUUCGGAAGGGAAAUGAAGCAUGGGUUGUUGAAGACAAUCCACCUCGUCUUAAUGCGGAGGAGUUGAAUGAAUUUCAAAAUGAAUUGUCUGCAUUGAGUAUAAAAUGCAGUGAUGAUAUGGUGCUGAAUUUGGAUGAGGUUGAGGCUGAUGCCACGGAUGAAAGUGAGAGACGUUGUCCAGCCAAGAUAAUGAACUUCAUGAUCUUGGUAUGGCCGAUGAACAUUGUGAAGAGCCCAAAGAUGAAGAUUGGGAUCCAUUUUACCUAUAGGCAGUCACCUCUAUUUCGUUCGCAGUUGAUACUUGGUAAGUUGUCUGUGACUGAGCUUGUUGAAUGA